AUGUUAACCGUGUGGACACAAACACGUCAGACUCCGGCCCAAUGUCGGGGUCUAUGUUCGCGAGUGCGCUGCGCGAGUGGGCCCGGGCGUCAAGUUUGCCAAAGUAUACGUGGGGCCACUUUCCUGGCCUACAAUCCCGACAAAUGCCAGUGUUGUCAACAGUGCGUUAAAUUCAGAUAUGAAGGGCAAAGCUGUGGGGUUGAAAACUCAAUAGCCCCGGUCCGGUGCGCUGAGGGAUUAGUUUGCGAUCGGAGUCGUAUCAGUUGCGUAGCGACCCGUCGCCCCGGAAAACGAUCACUGACACAGUUGGUUUCGGGCGCCACCAAAACCAAAGCCGAGUGUAAGCGUAUGUGUAUGGCUGUCAGGUGCGCACCGGCCGACCCAACCAAAUGCGCUGCCAUAUCUAACUCGGUGUAUUUGGACUACGCGCCCGAAUUAUGCCGGUGCUGUUCCGUAUGCCAAGUAAAUCUCAGUGUGGGCCAAAACUGUGCGCCAGAAUUACGCUUGAGCAAAAAGUGUAAUCCAGGAUUGACCUGCGAUAUCAACACCAAGCUAUGUGUUAAACAAUAA